AACCCUAAAUCUCAUAUUUUUUUCUCAUACACUCUUCCCUUCAUUCGCAUUGCCGUCGCAGAAGGAGAGAAGAAAAUGAAGUUCAAUCCUAGGGUUUCCUCUAGCCGGCGCAAGAGCCGCAAGGCCCAUUUCACGGCGCCAUCAAGCGUCCGCCGUGUGCUGAUGAGCGCGCCGCUCUCAACGGAUCUACGGUCGAAAUACAACGUGCGUUCCAUUCCGGUUCGGAAGGAUGACGAGGUGCAAGUGGUUAGGGGAACCUACAAGGGUCGCGAGGGCAAGGUGGUGCAGGUCUAUCGCCGCAAGUGGGUUAUCCACAUUGAGCGAAUCACUCGCGAGAAGGUGAACGGCUCCACUGUCAAUGUCGGCAUUCACCCUUCGAAAGUCGUGGUGACGAAGUUGAGAAUGGACAAGGACCGUAAAUCCUUGCUCGAUCGCAAGGCUAAGGGUCGCGCCGCCGCCGACAAGGAAAAGGGUACAAAGUUUGCUCCCGAGGAUAUCAUGCAGACUGUUGAUUAGUUUUCUAUUUUUUGUUUUCGAUAGAUUGCUGGUUGUUUUUAUUGUUCUUAUUGGAACUCGGUUUCAAUCAUUAGUGUCGUGUUUUAUCUGCGGUUUUGGUACUUCGAGGGUCUUGCGUUUUGGAUCUAAAGGGUUCAGGUGUUCUCAGACCCUUCUGUUUUGUUUAUUUUAAUGAAUUGUUUGACAUUAUUACUGCUAGUAUUUAUUGUUUUUAUCA